GGUGACACACACAAUUUUGUGUGUGCGAUAAAUCUUCCAAUGGGAUUUCUCGCAUACAUUUCGCUAAGUGAAAUGGGCUUUUAAUGGCAUUUGGCAGGGCUUAAGAGUAGUUCUAUCAAACAGUUGGUCGAAAGUGAUUCAGAGGCGCCACCGCAGCCACUGCACAAGACUCUUUGACUCACACAUCCUGUUGUUGUUUUGCUCUUCCCCAACUACCCAACUACCCGACCACCCGACUACCACUACUACUGACCAUGGACAAUCCCCAAAUUGUGAAAAUCAACCAGAUAAUCAUCCAAUCGAAAGACACCACAACUGGCCUGAGGAAGUCCCUGGCGGAGCAUCUAACCAGCAUAAUGACAAAGCAAGUCCAUCAACGGGGUGGAUCCCUGUACUGCGGCCUGACUCUCAUGGGAGUCCUGUGCCUCGUUGUCUUCCGCCUGCUGCCGGGCACGUCCUUUGGGGUGUACGCCAUGCCCGAUGAGCGCAACAUCUACCACAUCCGCGACGGCCUGCACGUCCCGUGCACCUUCUUCGACACCGUGAACCUCACGGGCUACACGCCCUUCCCGAACGGCAGCUACUCGUACGAGGGAGUGCUGAUACCCAGCCACCUGGUGGGCCAGUACAACUACAUCUACAAGGACCUGGUGGAGCGCGUGGAUGUCGACUGGCAUCCGCGCGGCUGCAUCUGCAGGCUGAAGGCCUGCCUGAACAUCUGCUGUCCGUGGGGUCAGGUGUACAACAGCGAGAAGGAGGAGUGCAACAACGACACCACGGACACCAGGAUCUGGCCACAGCCCGUGAUGAAUGUGACCUUCGACAACAGCAGCACGCAGUCGGUGAACAUCUUCAAGCAGUUUGCGGUGCAGAGCUUCAGGCCCUGCCCCAAGAUGUUCUCCCUGCAGCCGGAGAUCAACGAUUUCGAUGACUAUCUGCUGUUCCAGAACGGCUCAAUGCUCCGUCUGGACGAUCACAACUACAUCAACAAGAGCGAGUUCUGUCUGGUGGUGUCCUACGUGAACGAAACGGAUCUCUACUACAGCCUGAAUCCGGCCAAUUGCGACACAGACACGGAGCACACCACAGUGAAGAUCAUCAAUGCGUACGCCAUGCUCUUCUCCAUUCCCUUUAUGAUGCUCACCAUCGCCGUCUAUCUGCUGAUACCCGAGCUGAGGAAUCAGCACGGAAAGAGUCUCGUGUGCUAUCUGAUGGGUCUCUCCAGCGGCUAUACGGCCCUCUGCUGCGUUCUGCUCCUCAAGAACCUCGAUCCGGACGACUUCUCCUGCAAAGUGUUUGGAUACACCGCCUACUUCUGCUUCAUGUCGGCCUUUUUCUGGCUGAAUGUCAUCAGCUUUGACUUGUGGCACAAUUUCCGUGGCACACGGGGCAUCAAUCGAUUCCAGGAGAAGAAGCGGUUCCUCUUUUACUCGCUGUACUCCUGGGGAGCGGCGUUGAUCUUCCUGGCCUUCACGUGGAUCGCACAGGAGCAGACCGACUGGCCGGCCGACCUCAAGCCGGGCAUCGGCGGGGGCCAAUAUUGCUGGCUGGACAUGCGCAACUGGUCCGCGAUGAUCUACUUCUUUGGGCCCAUUCUGGCCAUCAUUGUGGCCAACACCGUGAUGUUCGUGAUGACCUCCGUGAAGAUCCACGGCGUGCAGCGGGAGAUGGCCCGGAUCAUAGCCCGCGAGGACAGCACCAAGAAUCUGCGCACCGAAAAGGACAAGUUUGGACUGUUCCUGCGGCUGUUCCUCAUCAUGGGCGUCACCUGGUCCUCGGAGAUCAUCUCGUAUUUCGUGGGCAACGACAAGAAGUGGUCGAAGAUCUUCUACAUCUCGGACCUGUGCAAUGCCAUGCAGGGCUUCCUCAUCUUCAUGCUGUUCGUGAUGAAGAAGAAGGUCAAGCACUUGAUAACCAACAGAUGCUCGAGUGUGCGCGAUGGCAGCACCCAACGUCAGAGCCAGUACUCCACCAAGACCACAUCGAGCAGCGUGGCCAAUCUGUCGCUGCAGGAGAAGCCCUCGGUGGAGAAGCCCCUGGUGAUUAGCCAACAGUCCGCCGGCGUGGAUCAUCAUCAGCGCACGACCAGCUUUCGCUGAGGAGCGGAUCACCGGAUGACCCGAUGACCCGAUGACCGGAUGAGAUCAUCCCCAAGCCAUCGUCUCGUGCCAAGAGCAUCAUCGAAUAGUUAUAUCUGGGGAUACAUAUAUGUACAUCGAACAGCAGCCGCCAUAUAUAUUCAGAUUGUACUUUAUGAAAAGACAUUAUUAUAAGAGGAACCCAGAUACCCCUCCCCCGCCCCCACAUUAGGCCACUCUCUCUGUCUAUCUCUAUAUACUAUAUGCUAUAUGCUAUAUAUGUCCAUGUCUGGCAGACCAAGAAACCAACAAACAAACAAGAAAGAACGCGAACAACCUGAUAUAUUUUAAGUGUAAGAGCACGCUUCGAAGCGCCAUAUCUAGUAUUUAUGUAUCUGAAAUUAGUGUCGCCUCCAGAGAUCACUGUACUCUCUACUGUACUACUUAUUCGCCUCUCUAGUCCGUAAGUCACAGAUAAAGCACCACCACCCCACACCUACAUACACAUAUAUACAUAUAUAUCGAUGUGCGGUGAUGAAAUUAAGAUUUGUAUCUGCAUCUGCAUCUGCAUUCAUUAUAUAUAUAUUUUUUUUUUUCGCAUAUAUGUACGUACUUACCACGCUCCAUGUCUCUGUAGUACGAAAUAUAUUCGGUACAAUUAAACCUGAACACACGAAUAAAGCCAAAGAUAAAACUGAAA